CUGUCACUUGUCAGUGUCACUGAAGUACUCAUACGGAUAACUCGGGAUCACUUUUUUUUAGAAAAUAUUUUUUAAUAAAGCAGAGUUUUUGACCCUCUGAAUGAUAAAUGUUACAUCUUAAUAUAAAUAAAAUAAAAUGAGUGGCGUUCCUGAAAACGCACCUAAUCAUUGCCCUGGUACUCAGAGCGAGGAUGCAGGAAAGGCCUCAGCAUGUGCUGGAUGUCCAAACCAGAACAUCUGUGCAUCAGGAGUGCCAGCCGGACCAGAUCCUGCAAUUGAAAUAAUUAAAAACCGCCUAGCUAAUGUGAAACACAAAAUCAUAAUUCUCUCCGGUAAAGGAGGAGUGGGUAAAAGCACUGUUACCUCUCUACUGGGACAUGCGCUGGCGAGACUCAACCCUGAUGCAAAUGUGGGUAUACUAGACGCCGACAUAUGCGGACCGAGCCAGCCGCGCGUGCUCGGCGUCACCGGGGAGCAAGUACACAACUCGGGCUCGGGCUGGUCUCCCGUCUAUGUAACUGAUAAUUUGUCUCUGAUGUCCAUCGGGUUCUUAUUGGCGAGCCCCGAUGACGCUGUCAUUUGGAGAGGACCGAAGAAAAAUGGUAUGAUCAAGCAAUUUUUAAGUGAAGUAGAUUGGGGGGACCUGGAUUACCUGUUAAUCGAUACACCGCCAGGCACAUCGGACGAGCACCUGUCCGUCGUCCAGUACCUGUCGGCGGCGGGCGUGACGGGCGCGGUGGUGGUGACCACCCCGCAGGAGGUGGCGCUGCUCGACGUGCGCAAGGAGAUCCAGUUCUGCCAGAAGGUCGGGCUGCCCGUGCUCGGCGUCGUCGAGAACAUGUCGCUGUUCGUGUGCCCCAACUGUCAGGCGCGCAGCGAGAUCUUCCCGGCGACGACGGGCGGCGCGCGCGCCAUGUGCGCCGAGCUGCGCGUGCGCGCGCUGGGCGCGCUGCCGCUGGAGCCGCUGCUGGCGCGCAGCUGCGACGCGGGCGCGGACUUCGUGCGCGACCUGCCGCACUCGCCCGCCGUGGCCGCGCUGCGGGACAUCGUCGCCGAAAUCGUUGCCGCCUGCGAGCGGCCGAGGAGUUCGUAGAGAACUCGAGUCUUGACUGCGCCUCGCGAGGGCGGUGGGGCGGCUUUUGAAAAAUUGAUGUCGUGCCUAGUCGAUGUACAAACGAUAGAUGAGACGAAAGAAUUUAUGAUUUAUAAAUAAUAAUAUAAGUAUAAAAUUAUAUUUA